GAAGCCCAAAAAUGACAAAAUCACACCAGUGAAAACUUCCAGAAAUGACAAUACCAAAAGCAAUGAAAAACAACAAUUUGAAAGCUCUAAAAGCAAUGAAAACACCAAAAAUGACAAUAUUGAAGAAAAAAAAUUUUGA